AUGGCAGAGCCACUGAAGCUCUACUACUUCCCGGUGAUGGCGAAAGGCUUGGGCCCUGCGCUGGUCUGCGAGCUUUCGGGCCUUUCUUGGCUUGGGCCGAAGGACUUGGGCUUUACAAGGGAUGACUGGCCAAAGCUGAAGGAGUCCGGCAAGUGCGCCUUCGGACAGCUGCCGUUGCUGGAAGUGGGAUCGACGUGCAUUUCGCAGUCCAUCGCCAUUGUGAAUUAUGUCGGGAAGCUCGCGGGCACAGAAGGUGCCACGCCUGAAGACUUUGCGACGUCCCAGACGCUGCUGGCAGAGGGCGAGGACCUGUAUGCGGCCAUGCAGAAGUUCCAGCCCACUCGCAGCGUCAAGCUUGGGGAGUACGGCCGGGACGGCAUCACCCUGAAAGGGAAUGCCACUGCCCACGGCAAGUUCUGGGAGGAGUGGGUUCCUGACCAGCUGCAGAAGCUGGAGACACUGCUCAAAGGAAAGAGUCAAUUCACAGCAAAGGGAGAAACAGUCGGGGAGCUCUAUCUAUGGGCGAUGCUCCACCAGAUGAAGCUUUGCAAGUCGGAGCUCUUCUCCGCCACGCCAAAACUGGGCGAGUUCUAUGCGAGGAUUGCGGGCCUCGCCGGUGUGAAGAAGGUGGUCAGUGGCGCCUCCACCUACGGUGAGUGGGAGCAAUAUUUUGUCAAUCCUGAGUGA